GAAGGAGAAGGAGGAGAAAAAUAAAAAAAGGGAGAAGGGAGAAGGAAAGAAAAGGGGAGGAAGGGGAACGAAGGGAGAAAAAGAGAAGGAGAGAGGGAAGGAGACUCAAGGAAAAGAAGAGAGGAAAAGAAGAAUGGAAAGGAAGGAAGAAAAGGGAGAGACGAAAGAAGGAAAAUGAGAAAGAAAGGAGAGGGGGGGAAGGGAGAAGGGGUAAUCUGAGAGAGAGGAGAGAAGAAAAGGAGACUAGAAAGAGUGAGGGGGACAGGGAACUGGGAGGAGAGAAGCGAGACUCCAAGAUUGAGGGAAAGAGGAGGGAAAAAGAAAGAGAAAAAGAGAAAAGAUGGAGAAAAAUAACAGACUCUGAGAGUCAGAGAUAG